AUGGCUUCCAAGCGCCGCGCAUCCCCCCCGAAACAGCCAGACGGCAAGGGCAAGAAGGUGAAAGAGGAGGAUGAUACCUGGAGCUCCACCUUGGCAGCCCUGAAAACUGCCCCGAAGGAGAAGCCCCCUGCCACCAUCGAUGGGCUGUGCCCCCUGAGCACAGCGCCAGGAGCCAGGGUCUAUGAGGACUAUGACUGCACCCUGAAUCAGACCAACAUCAGUGCCAACAACAACAAGUUCUACAUCAUCCAGCUCCUUGAGCAUGAUGGUGCCUACAGUGUCUGGAGCCGCUGGGGCCGUGUGGGGGAGGUGGGCCAGUCCAAGCUCAUGCCCACUGCCUCCCUGGAGGCUGCCAAGAAGGAUUUUGAGAAGAAGUUUCGGGAGAAGACCAAGAACAGCUGGGCAGCGAGGGAGAACUUUGUUGCCCAGCCAGGGAAAUACACACUCAUUGAGGUGCAGCCAGGGGCUGGGCAGGAGGUGGAGGUUGCCCUCAAGGUGGAUGGUGUGGAUGGGGACAAGGUCUGCAAGCAGCGGAUACUGCCCUGCACCUUGGACAAAGCCACGCAGGAGCUGGUGUCCCUCAUCUUCAGCAGUGACAUGUUCCGGGAUGCCAUGCAGACCAUGAAUAUCGAUGUGAAGAAGAUGCCACUGGGGAAGCUGAGCAAGCAGCAGAUUGCGAGGGGCUUUGAGGCUCUGGAGGAGCUGGAGGCAGCACUGAAGGAUCAGCCCCCGCAGGCCGCCUGCCUGGAGGACCUCUCAUCCCGCUUCUACACCAUUAUCCCCCAUAAUUUUGGGCGGGCACGGCCACCCCCCAUCGACUCCCCCGAGCUGCUGCGUGCCAAGAAGGACAUGCUGUUGGUGCUGGCCGACAUUGAGGUGGCACAGAGCCUGCAGGCACAGAAGGUGAAGGAGGAGGAGGAGAAGGAAGUUGCCCAUCCGCUGGAUCAGGAUUAUGCCCUGCUCUGCUGCCAGCUGUCCCUGCUGGACCCAGCUUCCCGGGAAUACCAGCUGAUCCAAAACUAUGUGACACAGACGGGACACAGACUCCGCAUUCUCAACAUCUGGCAGGUGGCUCGAGAUGGUGAGGAUGAGCGCUUCAAAGCCCAUGAUCUCCUGGAGCACCGGCGCCUGCUGUGGCACGGCACCAACGUGGCGGUGGUGGCCGCCAUCCUGAAGAGCGGGCUGCGCAUCAUGCCCCACUCCGGCGGGCGCGUGGGCAAGGGCAUCUACUUUGCCUCUGAGAACAGCAAGUCAGCCUGCUACGUGGGCUGCACUUCCAAGAACAUUGGAAUUAUGUUCCUGACGGAGGUGGCCCUGGGCAAGCUCUACCACAUCACCUGUGAUGACCCCACACUGCGUCAGCCACCCCCUGGCUAUGACAGUGUCCUGGCCUGUGGCCGGACAGAACCGGACCCUGCCCAGGAUGAGGAGAUGCUGCUGGAUGGCAAGAAGGUGCUGGUGUGCCAGGGCAAGCCCAUCCCCAUGCCCGCCUAUCGUGACUCCUCCUUCAGCCAGAGCGAGUACCUCAUCUACCAGGAAAGCCAGUGUCGGAUCCGCUACCUUGUCCAGCUCCACUUCUGA